UGAUAUGAACCUUGGUUUGUCGUACCCGAGUAAAGCAUAGAGAGUCUAUGUGUGCUAUUGGUCAUGAGCAUUAUCAACCAUGCUCAUCUCCGCUACUUGGUUGUGUGAGCAAUGUAUGAAACUUUGGAAGUGAAGGGAGGUGCAAAGGUUUAUACUUGAACCUUACAAUUUCGAAGGUUCUUUCCAAGUGGAACCAAUUGCUCUUUCUACAUUGGAUUCUCAUGCACACUGUAUGAGGUAGAUAUAAUUCUUCUUCAAAUGAAACACAUUCACCGUUGUUGUCAAUACCCAGUUCCUACACACUCACUUCAAUGUGAUUGGUGUCAUCGGAAGUUGACUGGCUUAUUUUUUUCUCUUCAUUCAUUACUAUUUUGAGCUUUUACUUAGAUCCAUCAACAAAUUAUAAUACCAAUACUCGUCUCGUUCAACAUGCUGCAAGUAUUUUCAUACUGGGUAAUAAUCCUUUAUCAAACCUCAAACUUCCGCACUGUCUGACAACAACUAGAUGAUUCCCACGGCCUCAGCCAUCAUCUGGUUCACUACACUCACUGCUCUGCUUGGUGCCUUUAUCGUCUUCCCACCUCGCGAUCCCCUCGACCCCGCUUCAUUAGCCAAACCACCUUAUCCAUCAAUGGCUUCCAGACUCCAUACGGUCCCAUAUGUAUCCGAUAUUGGAGCAACCAAAGAGAUGCAACCACUGUUUGUACUUGGUUCUGUUCUUACUACUUUCUUACUCGCGGCCUGUUUUAUUUCAGAAAGGGCACUGCGUCAUAGAGGUCGCCUUGCAAGAAAUACCGAUAAUACGGAAAGAGUAGUGGCUUAUCUCAGUAUCCUGUCGGCUGUAAUGGGAUCAUUGGGCUUGAUACUCCUGAGCAUAUUUGAUGUUUGGAGAUAUAGGAGUGUGCAUAACACAAUGGUUGUAUUCUUUAUUGCUGGAUACGCUAUUAGUGCAUUUUUCCAAUUUUGGGAGCAUUAUCGAAUGGGGCGUAGUAUGGCUCCCUUUUUCUUACUCUAUUCACAUUGUCUGACAUGGACAGAAUAUCGGGACACGCAUGCGAACCUAAUGAUAUCAGCCUAUACGAAGCUCGUUUUCAUUAUUAUUGAGAGUGUCCUUGGUGUAGCAUAUUGGUAUGUCUUCAUGGCAAAGAAUUGGGAUGCGGGUGCUGCUAUCGAAUGGGCUGUCUCCUACAUUUUUUGUUUUUACAUUCUCUCAUAUCUUUUUGACUUUCUCCCGGCAUUGACUACGAAAGAAAAGGACCGUAGGUUUGGAGUUUAUACGGAAGAUUGCAUGGUUCAGAUUAAUGGGAACAGGGAACGGGCCGUUGUACAGGAGGUUAGGGGAGUGGCACCUGGAUGAGGCAGAACGAGUUUUGAGACUACGAGGGUUUUUGUUAUCUUAUACUUUAUACUCGGUCACAAUCCGUUGCAUUAGCCAACAAGAUUCCAAAAAUGCCAAGUAUUUUGACAGCAAAC